CUGGUGAGUGAGUGCGGCCCCGGGCCCCCGCCCCGCAGGCUCCCCCGGGCGGCCCAGCCCCAGAGCGGGCCGGGAAGGAGGCGGUGGAGCCCGGGGUCCCUGGUGCCCCCUCAGGACGCGUCGGAGGGCGCGGGGGAAGCUGAAUCCGUCCGUGUGCAGCAGUGCGGGCCCUUGGAGCUUUGUUUCUUCACCACCCCCCCAGGGACAGCGAGGAAGAGGAGCAGUCGCAGGCAGAGGCCGGCUCCAGCAGCGGACAUGAGAACAGGCCUUCGCCCAAGGAGCUGGAGGAGCUGGAACUGCUGAACAGGGCCUUAGAGAAGGCACUGAAAGUCAGGAAAAGCAUCUUAAAAACUCCAUUAGAGGUCCAGGAGGCUAUGGGAGAGAAAUCUGCAGGUGAGGGACCUGCACCUAAGAAUGCUGAAGACCAGCAAAUUCCUGUACCUGUUCAGGAUGUUCCUGAGAACACAAAGGUGAGAGCUGUAGGCAGAAAACCUGCCUCUUUGAAGAAGCCUUCUUCAUACCAGCUAAGAGCCCCUUAUAGGACUGACCCAGAUGUGAAAAAACUGCAAAGGAAAGCCCCAGCCAGAUGUGUUUCUCAGGAUCCCAGGACAGCUGGGAAUAGCUCCUCAAAAGGGGUGUCUUGCAAACAAGGAAGGAGUCAUAGGACAGCAAUCAGUGACAGAGAGGUCUGUGCUUCAGCCGAACCCCUAAAGACACGUGGCUUGUCCAAAUCUGCUCCAAAUGAGCAGCAAAACUUUUCCAUAGGGGAUUCAGCAGGGGGAAAUAACUCUGUAGCUGCUGGCAAGCAGUUAUGUGACGCAGGAAAGAAACAUUGUGGUUUCCUGGGAGAGUCCAGCAAACAGGAGGACCCUACAACGGAAGGUGUAUUGGGAAGGGGCACCUCACCUCAGACAGUCACCCUGCAGGGAAAGAGAUGCCAGCUGAAGCUACCCCUUCCCUACAGGAAGGCCUAUUCCAGGAACUCCAGGGCAUGGGAGAAAUGUCGUCUCUGCCAAACAAGUGCAGAUGCAGCAGCUGCAAGGAAUCGUUUUAUAGAGAGGAUCCAGACAACUUUUUGUUCACCAACGCCUGCCUUCAGUCCUGCAGAGAUAGAGGAGGAAUUAAAGGUCCUCCAGGAUGUCCCUUCCCUUCUGAGCCAGUAUGUGGAAGCUGAGCCUGCAGACCAUCCCACUCUGCAAAGAGAAUAUGAAAGUCUUCUAACCUUGGAGGGUUUGCAAACGAUAGUUUCCCAGUGCCUGCACAAGCUGCAGCUUCUGCGAGCAGCUGUGGAGUCCCAGGUGGGGCUGUGCCCAGACUGCACUGGGGAUUUAGGAAGCUGCUCUCCAGCCUGUGUUCCUCCCAGGGGACAGAUGUGUGACAGUGCAGGCGUGCUGGCUGUGCCUCUCCUUUGGUACUCCAGUUUCCAGGAGCUGAGCGACCUGUUUGCCUUGAAGCUACAAGUGUCAAUGCUGCACCAAGAAAUUGCCUUACAAAAGAAUUCAGCAUGAGCUUGGGAUUUCCAGCUGAAGCUUGCUGAGAAGUUUUGUCUGCUUCUCAUAAAAGUGUUGUUGGGUUAAAUGUGGGUGCAAACCAUGCUGAGGAUGCUGAACGUGGGUAAUGCAGGAUGCGUAGCGCUUGUCCAGACUGUCCCAAGGCAUUUAAUUCUCAGUAUACUGUACGCAAUGAGCUGGAAAUGCCUUAACAGCUUUUUGAAAGCCAGAAGAAGGGGCCAGUGUGGAUUUUUUGCAGGCAGGCAGCUAGUUCACGGUGCGCAUUUCCAGUCCCGAGUUCUAUCACCAGGGGGGGUCACUGAGAGGCUGUAGCACAUGAUGGAUCUGAAACCAGGGGCUCUUCACUUUAUAUCUAUAAAAUGAGAUUGAUAUUAUUUCACUUUCUCAUUAGCUUGAUUUUGCCACAUGUAUGAUUUCUGGAGGAAGACCUCUUGGGGUUUGUCUGUUUUUUUUUCUCAAGUAUGUACACUGACGCUACACAGUUGACACCUGGUUUCACUGGAAGCUUCCUAGUCCUCCUUCACUUCCAUUAAAAACAACCUCACAAAACAAAACCCCUAAUCAUGACUCAGUCCGACAUGAAAACAAUUCAUUAAAUACUUAUUAAAUCUUAUAUUAUCCACCAUACAGAUUGAAUACUAUUUUUGUAACAUCAGAACCACCAUUCAGAAAAAAAAGAUCUAUCAUCUUGGUUUUAGUUUGUGAAGAAAGAAGGAUUUUAGCAUUGUAAUCAAGAAAAAUCUAUUGCUUGUUAAUUAAUCUGAGCCCAGUUAGACAGAAGAGACCGGGAAGCUGUGUGUCAUGUAUGCCAGGGUAUAAAGAGUUGGUAAUUGGAGGGAAAAAUUUAAAAGCGAGUUUUGAACUGUAAUUUCAGAAGGCAAGAAAUUACAGCAGUGGGCUAUUUAGACAGGCAAACGGAGAUGUUUGACUUAUUUUUAGACAGAACAAGAAAGAUAAUCAGUGGAUCUGGAGUUUGGAUAGGGAAAAAGCAAACAGAAGCAAGCUGUGAGUCAGUGGAGGAGACUGACUCUAGAGAAAAGCCUGUCUAACAUCUUCCCUCCUGGUUUCUGAGAACACAAACUCCCAGUUGUGCUCAUGCCUGCUGAUUAGGAUUUUUUCAGCCCUUGCAUGUUGUAGUGGGAAGCAAUUUAUUAGUCUCAUUUUAUCUCCAGUUUAAGAAGAAAACAAGGGAGACAGUGCACACAUUCAAGUCAGUAAGACUUCAAAAUAGGGUUGCUUUAUCCCCCACAAGGGAAGUUGCACAGUAAAUUAUGUUGCACUGCACCUCUGUAGCAGCUUGCCAUCCUUUUUCCUGUAGUAAAACCAUUGUGCUGUGUCUCUUGAUGCAGCUGGCACCAAAGCCUUGUAGCUUUGGAAUUUGGAAAAGUGAAUUAACUGGGGAUCUCACCCAUUCGGAGCUUUUUUUUCCUGCUUCAGGUUCUAAAUUUCAGAAUAUCCAACACUUUUCACUUUUGAGAUGAAGUUUCUUACAGGAUAUCUUAGCAGUAAAUCUUGCUUUUGAAAGUGCUGGGCAGCUCAGUGCUGUCACACAAGGCCAUGGGCUUUUUGCUGGUCUCACUGCCUUCAGGAGGAAUCGAGUAUUUGUACCAACCAGACACAUGAAUACACAGAAGGAGAGAGCACAAGAAUGAUAACUAAAAAAACCCCACCAAAACCACAACCUCAAACAAAAAAAGCCUUUUAAAAAAUUAAUGAAACCAUAAAUAGUCUGCAGUGCUUUAAUUACAAUUCUGUGCUGGCUGUGUAAUGGGACGGAAUUCAAAUUGCUGGAUGCGGGGAUGAAUCAGGCAUAGUAUUCUUUUGUAUUUUAACAAGUUUAGGCAUAUAAAUUUAAACAUAGCCCUGUGUUUCUGUGAGCCUGCAAGGCUCAUUUUUAGUGUCAUUAGGAAAUAUGGGGUGUUUGGCAAAAUCCUUGUAAACUAUUAUCAAUCUUAACUACAUGGAUUUGACUAACAUUAAAUGGUGUUUGGGACUCCGCUGUUCUGGAGGCUUCUCCUUGAGGGUGACAAAGCUCUCGGCAGUGAUUGUGUUGUCCUUGCAAAAGCAAACCCACUGGAUUUAAUGGAGUUGUUUGAAGGAACAGACCAUUAAUGAUUUGAAUCAUAUAACGAUGUUUCCCUUCUUCCUAGCAGUGCGAGUGCCACGGUCUUCAUAUACAAAGAGUAAUUCAGUUUUGCUUAUGACAAUGAAAAUGGCAUUAUUUUGUGGUUGUUUGGUUGGUUUUUUUAAAGCACCAAUUGCAGUCAAAUAGCUUAUUCUAAUGUACUAUUAUCUAGUGUGCAUGCCCUGUGAGUCAGACUAAGCUCUGCUGGUGUCCAGCUCUCCGGGCAGCGCCUGCCCAAAGCUGUCCACGUGCAGGUAUCCAGAGCAUCUUCUUCAGGGGCAGAGGACAUCAACAAAGCUGCUGUAGAUCAGCUCUACUCCUAGUUCACUGUUUUUUCCUGUUUUUACAUCAUACCUAGUUCUCAGUAUUGUUUGUGUGGAGUGUUUGCUGAGGUGUACCGUGGGGCAGUCAGCUGAUGGGUGACAGGAGAGGAGCAGCAGAAGGCGCCACGGGAGGUCUGUAUGCGCUCAGCCUGCCCCAGCGCUGCGAAGGACCAGAGCUCCUGCCAGGCACAUGAUAUAAUAAUUCUUUUCCAUCUGCUCCUAUCUAUAUUUAAAUCCACAGGAAAGCAUCUUUCUUGUAAGACACACGAAUCUCUAAUUUCAAAAGCCAUCCCUGUUUCGGAAGUUCCUUUGGCAGGCUGGCGCCGGUCUCCCCGCCUGUGCUGAGCCGUCGGUGCUGGGAGAUGCUCCAGGGGGGCUCACCAAGCAGCGUAAUGACACGGACCCAAAAUAGCAGGGCGAUGUCACCUAGCAACUUGUCACUGUUGCAGAAGCCCUUGUUGGAGUGGAUCAAGGUGACACUUUGCUGCUAUUUUCAGACCCACACUUCCUGGUGGCUGUUGCUGCUUUAUUCCCCCGCCUUUUUUUUUUUUUUCCUUUUGCUGAAUCAUAGACCUGGAAAAUACUUCUUAGGUCACUAGAAUCCAAGACCGUGCCUCCUGAUUUAUUUUGCUGCCUAUUUUCCAGUUUUACGCAACUUAAAAUGGACUGUGAGAGGCCACCUGUGCUUCCUUAAUGAAUCUUUCCUGCUGUGUGAGGAGUUUCUUCCCUGUUCUUUAUCUUAAAAUUAACAGAGCCGCUCAAAACUUAAUGCUACCUCUGCUAGGGUGUGACGGCAUGUGCUGAGCGACCAUGCAGGCACUGCCCGGGGUGUGUGUCUUGCACUGCCAGUGCCAGGAGGUGGCUGUGUUUCCCGGCACAGCCGCUGCCUCCAGUAAAUCUAGAUGUCACCAUUUCCUCUCCCAGAUGAUUCCUCUCUCCCUCCAGGCUUUCAGCUUUUUAGCACUUAAGAGCUGCUCUUCUGUAUUUAGGUAGCUUUUGCGAGUCCAUGGAUUGGGUAUAUUCAAUGCCUAUAUGUAAUGGCUACCUUAAAACUGCUGAAGUUGCAGUCGAGAGCUCAGAAGAAGCCCCAGUCCUGUGUUGCAGCUGUGAUUUGGACCAUCUAUGGCGGUGGGCUACAUGGUUGUUGAUGCCAUGUUCACCUGUUCUUGCUUCAUGACAACUUUUCAUUGCAGUCAAAGGUUGUUUAUUAUGGGGGAUAGUUGUGCAAUAAAUAGCUACUCGGUAUUUCUUGCCCUGGUCUUAAUCUAAUGUGUGGCUCGUGCAUGAACUGUAACCGAACCAGCCUAAAAAAAGGCAGAAUUUCUCAUUUCCUCACAGAGCCACAGGGGAAAAAGCCUUGUGGGGAUAUCUUAGCUCUUACAAACUUCUGUGAGUUAUCUUGGGUUUUGGUAUUAGGUUGUUUUUUUACAGUUCCUCUGUGUGAUGUCAAUGUGUGUGAUCUGUUGGUAUUUAGUUUUUAAAUGAGUGAGGGUUCAGAGCACACUUCUCACAAACUUCAGGGCUGCUGUUUGCUGGAUUUCUACAACUCAGGCCCCAAGAUACUGAGCUGUGAGUCCUGAAAAUGAGAAACAAGCUGAGCAUAUAUAUUAUUUCUUUGACUAGUGCAGGGUUAUAAAUUAAUUGUUUAGCAGAGAUUAUCUUUGAUUAUCUUUGCCCAAAAGUUUUAUUUGCCCUAAGAUAUGUUGUUUUCUGUUCUUGU